CCGUUUCUCUCUCUCCCUCCUUCCCUCGUCAGCAAACAACAUUUAUUGGACACCUCACCAACUCCGUCCCGUUCAUCUCCCCCGUUUCUAUUUCCCCCGCAUCUCCUUAAUAAUCAGGUUGAUUCCGGUCGUAAUUCACCGAAUCGUACGGUGGAAAAAGCGAAUAAAUUACGGGUUAUUGAUUCAUGGCGUCUGUGAUUUCCAAUCCUGUGGGGAACAUGAAUUCUGAUCGGAUCAAAAGGAAAAAGAAGAGGAAAUCGUUGAUCAAAGAGAGUCAGCAGAACCAGAGCCAGAACUGGAAGUCAGAGGCCCAGCAGCAGAUUUAUUCUUCGAAGCUCAUCCAGGCUUUGAGUCAGGUUAGCCUCAAUAGUCCUUCCCCUUCUGCUCCGCGCGGCGGCCGUGCUGUUCGUGAAGCUGCUGAUAGAGUGCUUGCUGUGGCGGCCAAGGGAAGGACGAGGUGGAGCAGAGCCAUUUUGACGAGUCGGAUCAAGCUGAAGUUCAGGAAGCGGAAGAGAGCAAGAGCGUCGCCGGCGGUCACGGCGGCUUUGGUGACGGGGAGUAACAGGGCGAAGAAGUCGCGAGUGAGUAUAUUGAGGCUGAAAUCCAAGAGUCUACCUGCUGUACAGCGGAAAGUGAAGGUUCUAGGUGGACUGGUACCCGGUUGUCGAAAACAACCGUUGCCGGUUAUUCUUGAGGAAGCGACUGAUUACAUAGCCGCACUUGAGAUGCAGGUCAGAGCCAUGAGCGCCUUGGCUGAGUUACUCUCCGGCGGCUCCGCCGGUAGCUCUAGCUCAGCGCCACCGCCAUCUAGUUAGUUAUACAUUCAUCCUUAAAUGCCAUGUAUCAUCUCCAUCCCCUUUUCAUUUUUUUUCUCAGUAAUCUCCUGUUAAUUACAUGUUUUUAUUUCUAUUCUAUCUUCAAGUAAUUCCAAUUUCAAUCUCACAUUUCCAUUUUAUUUCUUGCCUUUUAAAUCCCUUUACAAAUUACACUAAAAUAUGUAUACUUUC